GCUAGGUGAACAGAGGAGGAACUUAACGGCAGGUUCAGGUUGGAGUGAGCAAGUGCGAGUAUAACCUGUCAUCACACUGCUGCUACUGCCGCUAAAGAAAUAUCACUUUAAUCCAACUUUGACAUAGACUGACUCUAUUACUCUACAAGCUUGUCUGGAGGUGUUUUGUUGUGAGGAGUAUUUUUCUAAAGCAGCAGCAGAAAUUGGGCUCUGAUCUGCUUCACUGACCUUCCCUGCGUUUUUUUUUUCUUCGACUCUGUACAAAGAAGGAUCUGUUGCUGCUGCUGCUGCUGCAGGUGGAUAAAUGCGCUCAGGUUGCCAGGUUCGUUGGACUAAACCAUGACAAGGUGAGGCGGAAGCAGUGAAGAAGAGUCGACCUGCUCCAUGUUUCCCGGUCUGCUGUGACCACCUGUGAACAGCUGGAACAAGGCAGUUCAAGGAGGAGGACGACGCUACAUUGUAUCAGAUGACAAUGGGGGCAAGCUGAUGCCCUGAAGCUCAUGCUGUCUGCCCUCACUUGUCCCCGCUGGCCACGGGUAAAGAUGGCAGCAGAAGCGGCAGUGGCAGCAGCUGCCUGUCCCGAUGUGCUGGCCAUUCUAAGAGUUGUGGUCGGGAGUGUUUUCCUGCUCCUGCUGAGCACUGAUUCGGUGUGGGGGAAUUCCACCACCCAAGCACCUAUCACCAGCUCCAAUGACAAUGGUACAAAUAUUGCGGCCAUCGUGGCCCCCACUGUCACGCUGGGUGUCCUGGCCAUAAUCCUGGCCGUCCUCGGCUGGCUUUUCUGCAUGGUGAAAAAGAAGAGGCAGACGGAAGGGACGUACAUGCCCAGUGCGGAGGAACAGUCCGGCGCACACAGCGCGGCGGCACCGGACGCACUGAAGCUACCAAAGGAGGAGAGACUCAUCUGAGAUGCGCUGUGUUGCUAAAUGUUCAAACAAAAAUGUGCACAGCAGUCUCUCGUCUUUGAACUGAUCAGAGAGAGGACAGAGUGCCAAGUCUGAGGCGCCUUAAAACGACACAUUUGCUCCCUGAGAAGCACCUGGAUGCAACUUCCUGUGGAUUUUAAUACAGUCGAACAUUUCAAAUAAUGUCUUGAACAUUUCUUCUGCACAAACUGUCAAACUGAAAUGACAGUAUUUUAUCACCAAUAAUAAUUGUAGUUUUCGCACACUUUUACUCUUUUAGCUUUACCUUGAUCAAUUGAAUCUACACUGUUCCUUUUUUUUUUUUUUUUUUUUUUGCCACAGAGAGUCCUGAGAAGUUCACACGAGGAAAAUAUAGCCAGCAGACACAAACAGUUGUUUACACUUUCUGACGGAAACGUGCAAAUGUUAAGCUUCAAGUCAUUUCAUCAGCGAUCACCCAUGCAGCGAUCAAGCAGAGAUGUUUUACACUGUCACAGCAUAUUUAUUAAUGUCUAUGUUAUAUUUGAGUAAUUAAACUUCACAGCAUUUA